UUAACGUCGCAGAUCGGGCGUGGACCGCGGCGGGAGCAUCGUGGAAAGUAGGUGGCACUGGAAAGCAGUUUAUGAAAUGAUGGGGGGAAGGAGACGGGGAUAGAAGGCGUGCUGGGUAAUUCAGUUUUGGCUCCGUCGCAGAGUGGAAAAACGUGGCUGAGUUAUGGAGGUGGAAACAGUUCUACAACUCGCAAUCAUGACACCCUCAGUCUUUUGUUUUUCGCCCUUUAUAUCCACCAGACACAGACACUAGAUGUCCCUCUUUUCAUAUGUUCACCCCCUGGCAGUCUGUAGAGAAGUUUGUGAAAUCAACUUUUAACUGAUAAGAACCCACAGUGGUUGUGUGGCUUAUUGACUAUGGUCAUAUUGACUGUGUGUGUGCGUGUGUGUGUAUGGUGCGUGUGCGUGUGUGUGUGUUGGACGGUUUAUCCUCAAUUAAUCUCCAGGCAAACACAAUAGCAAUAGCUCUUAAUCUUUGUUCUGCACUGUUCUCUACGAGGUGUUGCUUUGUCCCAUCACUUUUUCAUGUCAUCACGCCUGUCUGGUAAAAAUGUGAGACCAAACAGACUGUAAGCUUUGAGAUUAUUAAAAUUUCUUGCAAUAAACUAAUAUUUCUCUCCUUGUGUGGCUCAUGUAUGUCCAAGUCAUUGGGGUUGCAAGGAAACUUCAUGUUUUGUGAGGCCCGCUGCCGCUGUGUCAGGUGAUUGGCCCUGUGAAUGUUUGUAGCUUCAGCCUGGAAGGUAUUUCCUGAUUGGUCGCUGUGAGCAGUAUGGGUCACUGUGGAGGACCACGUACAAGCCUGGUCAUUCAGCCGCCGUGAACAGUGCUUGGUUUUCAUCUCACUUACAUGUGGAGGCUCGGAGGCAGCCAGACCUGCAGUGACUCUGGGUUGCUAUGGCCGUGUCGCUGUUACUGUUUAAUUGUGUUCAUGUUGUACUGAUUUUCCUGCUGCUACGUGGGAGUUGCCUUGAGGUAGAACCAAAUCUUUGUGAUUCAAGCUGUACUGGAUUCCCUCCCUCUGACUUGUCCUAUCGGAAAGGAGUGAGAUAUACUUACAGGUAUAGCACGACGAUUACCACUACUCUUCAUGGAUCCAGUGCUGGCAGGAAUGGACUGGCGUUGGAUUGUGUGGUUGAUAUCGAUGUGGUCUCCAAGUGUCACCUAAUGAUGCAGAUUAGGAAUCCACAAAUAAAGCGACUUUCUCCCCAGAAGGAACACUCUGUGCAGCGUUUAAAAAGUUUGAGGGAGUCGCUGGAGAGAACGCGCCUCAAGUUCUCGCUCCAGGGGGGAAAGGUCACGGCCCUCUGUCUCCAGGAGGGGGAGCAGGUGUGGGCUCUCAACAUUAAAAGGGCUCUACUGAGCAUGCUACAGACUUCCCCCUUGGCCUCCAAACUGGGAUUAGUAAAGGAGACGGAUGUGUACGGUACCUGCACCAGCAAGUAUGAGAGGCGAGGCCCUGUACUACUUAAGACCAGGGAUCUAAAACAGUGCCAGCAGUCCAGGCUGGCAAACUUCUGGCCUCAUUCAGUGCCUCUUACUGAAGACACAUCAGUCCAGAUGGAGCUACGCUGCACUCAGCGCCAAGGAUCAACAGUCAUGGAGGAGGUUAACUGCACUGAAGUUGUUUCCUUAACAACAUGGUCCAAUACUACAGGGCUGGUAAAGACCCAAACAGUGUCUUCACUGCUCCUGCUCAGGGCCCAGCCAGGGACUCUUUCAGGAGCAGACUCCUUAGGGACUGGUACACGCACUGACUUACCCUUUGAGGAUGAAGGAGCUGCGAGGCCGGGAAAAUCCAGACCACCGACUCCACAGAAAGUUGGUCAGACUGUCAGGAUGUUGUGCAGCCUUACCUCAGACCCACAACUGGUAUCGCAGGAGUUCCUUCAACUGGUCUUCCAGGUGAAAGAUCUGACUCUCUCUCAACUCAAGACACUUUGGCAAGAAGCAUCUUUCAAGUGUCGCAAUGACUGGCAGCCUCUUUUGGAUGCAUUGCCAGCAUGUGGAUCUGAAAACUGCAUUACACUACUGACUGACCUGAUGAGGAACAAAGAGCUGGAGGAAGAGCAGGCUCACUCCUUUCUUACCACCAUGGCUCUAAUCCCGCAUCCAUCGCCACAGAUCAUUGGCUCCAUCAAUGCCUUACUGGAGGUCCCAGAGCUGCGGCACAAGGCACUGUUGGUUGGAUCAUCUCUGGCCUAUCAGCUGUGCCAACGCUCUCAAACGUCAUGCGGUAAACUUCCUCAGGUCCAGACAUUCAUACAGACACUUGAGAAGACCCUGAGGGAGGGCUGUGGAGGAGAAGAACCCACUCGAGUGAGAGAGCUUUUCUAUGCACUGAAAUCAGUGGGAAAUACUGGUUUGUCUCCUUCUACCUUCAUCCCUCUGCUAAAUCGCUGCAUGCUUGGUGACUCAGCAGCACAGGAUUUGAGACUUGCUGCCAUCCAAGCCUUCAGACGCUUUCCCUGCUCAAUGGACAGGUCUAUGCUGUUGCAGCUGUAUAGCUCUUCCCAGGAGGAUACUGAGGUCAGAAUCACUGCAUACCAGCAGCUCAUGCGCUGCCCUGACCAAGACGUGUUUGAAGUGGUGAAGACAACGCUGAGGCACGAGGCCUCCAGUCAAGUGGGCUCGUUUGUGUGGAGUCAUCUGACUAAUGUCCUGUGGAGUGAGGACCCCAUGAAGCAGGCCCUAAUCGAGUCACUGCCUGAUGACAUUAUCAGCAGAGAAUUUGAGGCUGAGUUUUUGAAAUACUCCUCCUAUUCAGACUAUACUGUUUCCACAGGUAUUGGAAUCAAAAAUGUGGAAACCUCCUUGAUUUUCUCCCCAAAAUCGUUCAUACCCAGCUCUGCCUCUGCAAACCUAACGGUGUAUUUUCAUGGCCGAGCCCACAACCUUCUGGAAGUGGACGUUCACGUUGAAAAUGCUGAGCCCCUGUUGAAGAACGUAUUUGGUCACAAGACAGAGAGAGAGUCCACCGCUCAGAAUGGAAAAGAUGAGACGAGAAGGACAAGAAGAAAAACGGAUGAUACAAGAGAAAAAGAGACGUGUUUAACCAGCACCAACAGCUACCUGAACCAGGCCAGGGCGAUGUUGUUUGGAAGAAGGAAAGUGGAGGAGAGGCCCAAGUGUUGGGUUGGUGUGAAGGUCUUUGGGAAUGAGCUCAGUGUGUUUACAUGUGAGGAUCUCUACAAUCAAAUGGACCGGGUGUCUCUGAGCGUGGCUGGCCUGGCUGUCAAACUGCUCAAGGGCCAGGAGGUUCAGCUGAACCACAGGGCCGUGCUGAUGACAGAGGAGCUGGUUUUACCGUCUCUGUCUGGCGUACCUCUCAAACUGGGCGUCAACAUGACUUCCCUUCUGUCCCUGCGUCUGAAGGGCAACAUAAGCUACAGGGAUACUUCUCACUUCUCCCUGAGUGGAUACAUCAAACCUAAUGCGUAUGUGGCCUUGUCGGCCAGGAUGGGAGUUGGCAGUGCUUUGGGUCAGGCUGCGGUGGAGUGGGCUGCUGAGCUGAGGAGCUCCACCAGUCUGGAUGGCAGCAUUCAGCUGCAGGAGGGUCGGGAUGUCAGGGUCACUCUCAACACACCUGAGGACUUCAUGGACAUCAUGUCUCUCAGCUCCAGAGUAUUUCAGCUCAGCGGGGAUCAGAGAGAGGAGUUAAAGGGGUCAAAGAGUCGAGUCCAAAACACCACCUGCACACCAAAAACCUGGUCCAAACUGAUCGGGUGGCAGCUGUGCUCGAACGCCUCUUACCCGUCUUCUGCCACUGGUAUUACGUUCCCUCCAUCUGGACCUGCCCACGUCUCCCUCAGGCUACUGAAGCUGGACAGAGGACUCCAUUAUUAUCUACUGGAGGCAGCUUACUCACUUCGUCAUCAGAGAGGUGUCUGGCUUCCCAGAGAGGCCUCCCUCCACCUCCUUCUGGCCACUCCUCAGUCCUCCAUUCCCAGAGACAUGUCUUUGGACUUCACAUUCAACCAUCACAGACUGCUGCUGAGGAUCACACAUCCUCUGAAAACCAUCCACAUGCAAGGACAAUUUGAACAAGAGAAGAAUAUCAAGUCUGGAAAGCUGGAGCUCUUCAUUGACAGUGCUCAAUAUUAUAUAAUGGGUCUGGUCGACACUCAGACCUUCCUGUCUGAGCAAAGGACGCGUUACCACUUUGAAGUCAAGAUGGCCGCUGAUGGUCUUCCCAUGAUCCUCUCCGCUAACAUUACCCGUGGACUGGGCAGGAAGACCAGCUUUUCUGCUACUGUGAAGAAUGUGUUCAGAGACACUGCAUCACUGUCAGUUGUUCUGGAGCGAGGACGAGACGGCAGCAGCAGGCAAUACUCUGUGGAGGCGGAGCUCCUCCUACCUGGCCUGGUCGGCAGCAGGAUGCUGGGACUGAUGGAGCAGAGGGGGUCGUUAUGGAGCUCUGUGCUCAGGCUGAAAUAUGGCCUGGGAGGAGAUGCCCGGCACCUGCGUCAGGAGUGCUUCACGUCACAGAGACUGAAGAGUGAGAGAGACUCAAACCUCACAUACAUCAUGAGAGCUGAUCAUGAGUUCUACUGCACCAACACUGCUCCAGUCAACCAUAAGAUCCACCUCAAGCAUGAAGAAAGCCCCAGCCACAUUAAAUCAGUCCUGGACGUGAGCUACGGCAAACACUGGGACGAAAUAAACAACAAGCGCAAGCUUCUCCUGAGCCAGUCCUUCAAAAACCAGUCCACGUAUAAUUACACCAGCUACACACUGGAGUUUAAUCUCCAGGUACCAGAGAAAAAUUUAAACUACAGGACUCAGCUCCUGCACUCUCACCUGACCCACCUUGGCUCUGAGAGCAGAACUCACUUAAAAAUCAAUUACAACGACGUGAUGCCACUAGUGGCUGGAUUACACUGGAAAAGCCCUCCCGAAAAUGCCCUGCAGAAGAAGUGGGAAGGCACAUUUAAUAUGGACACGCCAUGGCUGUACAUUUACACCGCCCACAAGCUGAACCAGCUCCAGCGCCACACAUUCCAGCUCAACACGGAGCUGACAGCCAGCAAGUGGGUGACCAUCCGUAACCUCAUCCUGGAGGGUUUCUACAGGGACAGGGGCAGAAAAAAGGAGGCCCGUCUGGAGCUCUAUACACCAGCUGUCCACUACCUCAAAGCAGGUGGGUGGGGUGUGGUGGGGAAGCGGAGUGUGAAGGCCUCUGCCUCCUUAAGCUCGCGGUGGACUCUUCCCCUGAGAGGGGACAUCUCUCUGGAGGCCUCUAAAUUCAGCCACACCCUGCAGAUUGCCUCCACCUAUGGCAAGCAAAAUGUCAGCUUCACUGCUGCCCUGAACACUGCAGAUAAGAACUUGAAAAAGAGGCAAGCGGUUUUGAAGAUGACCUUCUCAAAGCCAAAGAGCCCGUCCACUGAACUGGAGUUUGAGGGUGUGGUGGAAGAGCUGAGGAGGGACAAGAAGAUGUAUCAGAAAACUGCGAUGCUCCAGCUUAGACAGCCCCUGCAGACCUUCCCUCCGACCCUCCUCCUGAGGGAGACUUUCACCAUCGACCUCCUCAAAGGCCUCUACAUUCUGCAGUCUAAAGCAGGUUUCCAUGACGACAGAGAGGUCAUCCACACCCUGACUCUUGGCUACCAGCCACCGAGCCCUUUUGUUUGUUCUGCACUGGUCCAUCCGUUCAGUUCUGACACUUUUCCAUCGGACUCAGAAAUCUGUGUGAACAUAACCAACAACCAGACUCACAAAGACGUACAUGGGAGGUUACGUGUUGGGAGCAAGGAGAGACUGACUUUUUUUGGGCAAGUUCAGAUGAACCCUUCGCAUUCACAUCACCAGGAAAUAAAGCUUAAAGCCAACUUUAUCCAACAGCUCCAGCUGCAGCUCCCCUCCUCUGCUAUAAUGGAGGGAGAUGUAUAUUGGAACCCAAAAAACAACAAAGACUUUGAUUAUCAGGCCAGAGGGAAACUGAGAAUAGAGCGCCAGGAGAGCCAACUCUCCAUACGACUGAAUGGAACGUCAGGCCGAGUCGGCUUGUAUUCGUCUCUCAGUCAUCCCUUCAAAUCAAAGCUUCCCAAAACUUUAGAGGUGAAGGCCACUGCAGACAUCUCUACGGCGCCUGGCAAAGGGAGCAGCUCAGUGUGUGUGAAGGCUGAUGGGAAGGACAGAGUGAUGCUGAAGGCCCAGAUGUCCCACUCCCUCCAGGGGGGAGACAAAGCCGUGGGACUGAGGCUGAACUUAUCCCAGAGCCUGCUUCCUGCAGCUACUGACCUGCAUUUAGACAUGGCCGCCAACAUGUCCUCAGACAGUGUGUUUCUGCGUGGUUCCUGUACACAGGGACAGGAGGCACUGCUGGUCCAGGUCAAAGGGUCUGUGAAAAACUCUCAGGGUUUCCAGCUGGCUGGGUCAGGGGACUUGAGGAACUCCAUGAGUUACCUCAGUAUUCUGCCUCCAGUCCUGGGAUUGGACGGAGCUUUGGGGCUAUCAGAGAAUUUCAUUGAAGGACAGCUGAGAGUCAGAGUGAUGGAGAUCAUGUACAGUGUGGAGCUGAGACAUGAACUGAAUCCUGGACUUUUGGACACAAAUGAUGAAGAAGGCAUGAUGGGGAAAAAGUCCUGUGAGGCCAGUUAUUGGAUGUGUGUUUGGUCUGGUGUGGAGUAUAUGUGUGUGAAUGUGAGCCGCCAGCUGGGAAAUCCAGAGAAGGGAGAGGUCUACGCGCGACUUUCUCAUUCUUUCCAACUGCUCAAUGCCACAGGUGUACCUGGCAACAGCAGUGCUCAGGUGAAGUGGACCAAGGAGGGUGGUCGACUCUCAGUCCAGGCAGAGCUACAGGCUGGAACUGAGCGUUUUGAUGCCGAGUUUCACGGAGGCAGGACAGAAAGUGUCAUCCCCCGAUGGCAAUACAUCACCAGGUGGCAGCAUCAAGUCAAAGCCCUGCUGAAAAGAGGCCUGUCAAGCUCCUUUCAAGCCAAAGCACAUUACCAGCUAGAAGCCGAAGGACUGGACACGGGAUUGGUCCUUUCCAUGGAAGACAUGAGAAUGGCUGACAUCCUUUUUAAUGUUGGAUCAAAACAAAACAAAACAGCUUUUUUGCUAGUGUCUCUAUGGCAACAAAUAAAGCUGCUCCAGGGAUUCAUACCCGCCUCUUUGCAGAUGAACUGCACAGGGGACACCACCGCAGACCGACUCUCAGCUCACUGCUAUGGAAAUGUGGCAGACCGCCCUAUGGAGACUCUGCUGUCACCACAGACCUCUGUUAACAUCUCCAUAACCCAUUCUGGCACUUUCACAAAUGUCAGUGCUGUUCUCCAUGCUGAGGGGGUGCAGAAAGGCAAUAUUAGUCUGUUCCUAACUUGCCAUCCCUACCUUAGUCUGAGGGCAUCUGUAGAACACUCUAUAGAGGCAAUAAAGAAGCUGAGAUUUCCUAGCCACGGAGCGUUACUCCUGAAUGUCUCGACUGCACAUCUGCCUGCUGUGCAGGCUGACCUGGAAAUUGGGCAUUGUUAUUUCCAUGGUAAUCUGGGGAAAAUCAAAGCUUCGCAGGCAGAGGCUGAGCAGUCUACUUACACUGUCAAUGUGACCAACUACUGUCCUUCGUUACAGGAAACGAUCUUCCCUGUGUCCCUGGCCUUUCAGGGUCUCCUGUCGGUUGUCCCCUGUCAGCUGACUGUGUCCUCCUCUCUGAGGGCAGACAGCCAGAACCUCUCUCUAGAGCUGAGCCAGUCAUGCAGGACCCCACAUCUCUCUGGGACGGUCACUCACUCCUUCCUUGGGCUGAAGAGUCAGGGUUUACCACAGACCAUCACCGUACAGGCCUCUGCUCCUAGAGGCCCUGAGCAGGCCGGGGUUGUGUUCAUCAAAGUGGGGACAUGCAACAUAAGAGCCAGUAGAGUCAAAGAGACCAGAGGACGGACACAGUGGCUGUGGGCUCUAGAGUCUAUUUGCCCAGUGUUACAGGGUCAUUUGAAUGGAUCAGUGUGGCAGAACCCUCAGGGUAUCUGGACAGCCUCGUUGGAUGCUGAUCUGGAGGGCAAAAAGGGUUACCUGAGGCUUAAUGCAACAACCUGGCCGGAGCUGAGUGUGGACGCUGAGCUCAGCCACGACCUUCCUGCUCUCAAAGGUCUACCAAAGAACAGCAGGCUGAAAGUAACCAGGAGGUCUGCGAAACUCGAUAUCACGGCUGAAGCCCUCUUUCAGAUGGAGGAGUGUUCUGUUGGAGCCAGUGGAGCUGUAAUGUCACAGCGUGGCCUGCAGGGUUCGCUGGUGUAUCACAAUAACUGUACAGUGAUUCAGGAGUGGGGAAGUCCAGACAGGAUGGAGGCUUCUGGGUCCCUGGUUCUUUCCACAGACUUUAUUGAAUCUCUGGUCUCCGUGGUGACAGACAACACAGAGUUACAGACUUUAAUGUCGCUUAAGAAAACUAAAGAUAAAAACGAAGCAUCUCUUAACCUAAACCACUCCUUGCCCCUUUUGAAGAAACUGGGCCUCCCUGUGAAUGCUGAACUAGCAAUGGAUUUUUGGGGUCACAGCAAUGGUUCAUACUUUUACAUAUUCAACAGCAGCGCAGGAAAUCAAAAGAUGAGUCAACAGAUGGCAGUAACAAAGAUGUCAGAGACAGUGAGAGUGAAGAGUCAUUUUAAACACACGAUGAAUCAUCUGAAGAAACUGGGAGUUCCUGCAAACAACAGCAUCCAGAUAGAUUUUGGUUCUGCUGUGGGAAAGGCCUUGACCUUAGAGUCCCAGUUUGGAGGUCAGCAGGCAGGGCUGAGACUUAAGAUGAAAAGCUUCACAGGGAUCAAAGAAAUAAGAGGAACCAUGUGGCACGGCUCUUCAUGGCUACACAACAGGGGACUGCCACUAAGUAUCGAGGGUCUAUGUUCUAUCCAAGGAGUCUUAUCUCAGCUUCAGUCCAGGGCUCAUCUCACUGUUGACGGACACAAGCUUCUCAGCUCUGGCUUGAAUGUCAGUGUCAGUGAUGGACAUCUAGCUCUACUACUCUCCUACUCUCCACAAGCUUUCAACCAAACGACGCCUCACAAUCUGGACGGUUUUCUGACCGCUCAGUUCAAAGGUCCUCUGCGGAGCGCCUCUUUAGACCUUCACGGUCACGACCAGAGGGUCCGAGUGAUGGGGGACAUUGGAGGGUGGGGGACACAUGGAGGGACCAGGGAGGCCAGAGUCACACUAAAACACACCGUACAAGGACAAGCUAGCCCUGCCUUGCAGGUCGAGGCCUGGGGAAGACUUACCGAAUCACAGCUCAGGUGCUCUAUGGCCGUGAACCCUGAACUCAGCUCGUCACUCGCUCUGAUCGUCCAGGGACACCAUGUACCUCAUAGCAAAGACCUGAUGGUGAAGGUGGUCCAGAAUAUCCCCAAGGUGUUGGUCUACCUGCCCUCUCAGCUCAAUGUCCGCUCUCAGUUGAACCAGUCUCAGUCCAGUGUGGCAGGUUUGCUGGAGGUGAUGUCAGGCAGGAGGAGGCUCUGGACUCUGGGGGAGCUGGCAGCCAUCGAGAGCGGGUACCGGCAGACUGUAGAGAUCAAGCACUCGUACCCACAGUUGAAGCCUGUCCCCAGGACCGUUGCAGUGAGAACAAUAUAUGAGGCCAGGAAAUGGAGCUAUCAAGUUCAGCAUGCAGCUGUGUGGGGCAGUCAGGAGUUCAGCUUGUCUGGUCUGUACUCUGCUCCUCCAGCGCUGGUGAUGGGGAACCAGACACUGAAGGUUCAGAUCACCAGUAUUCCCAGGCUGACCAAUUUGGAGGUGACACUGGAGCGUUCCUUACACGGAAGAGAGGACAGUGUUUUACUGGGCUGGACGAGGCACGGACAACUGGAGCAGAUCCGGGCUCUCAGCUCGUGGAGUCGCUCAGAGGAGAAGAAUGAGACCAGCCUGGAGCUGAAGCAGCCCUUCUCGUCCACACUGGGUCAGCUCUCCCUGCACACACUGUCACACAGCUCACAAAGGGAACAGCGCAGCAGCCACCAGACCCAUCUGUCCUGGGACAGUGUCGUCCCCGUCAACGUCUCUCUCAGCCUGAACAAACAGUGGCAGACCAACUCCAGCAGGGGACAGGCGUGUGCUCUGUUGUCAGCGCAGCAGAUGCCGGUGUCUUCCAUCAAAGGCUGUGUCUCUAUGAGCCAGGAGAGAAAUUCAUAUUCACAAAAUGCAGAAUUAAGAUGGGACGACAAGAGCGUCAAGCAAGGCAUGAAGUAUCAGAAAGGUCCGAAGGGAAUGCACAGUCUUCAGCUUAACAUUGGCCUGGACCAAGUGUCUCCUGCUCCCUGUCCUUCACACACACUCCUUGCCAAAGUUCAGACCAACCUCAGGGACCGUUUGGAGCACACGGUCCUGCUGGGCCUGUGUCCACCACAGCCUGCUCUGUCAUGGUCAGGAUCCCACAGAGUGAACUCAGGAGAGGAUCUGUUUUUCACUCGGUCCCGUCUGUCAGUGACAGGACGACCGUACCAGUGCAGCUUCACCCUCUUCCUCACCAACUCCUCUACAGCUGAGGGGACCAACAUGUCUCUGGUCUCUGAGUCUAGGAUGGGUAAUUGGAGCGUGGAGGUUGGGGGAAAGGCCCUGUCUUGGCCUCGGGGGGCCGCUCUCCAGACGCACGUCACACUGGACCACACAGAGAAGAUCUGGCUGAAUGGGACGGUAGAGGGACGAUGUCUUCAGACCACAGGAGGUUAUAUGAACGGCCUAGAGAGCAGUGAGGAUCUCACUCUAACAGCUUGUGUGGCAACAAAUCAUAGUUUGAUGCUGGAGAUGCAGGGACGUGUUGGCAGCAGCAAAGAAACUCUGAGCAGUGUAACACUGGGAAUGUCCAGACAGCGGCUAAUCCUGAGAGCAAACGGCUGUUUGAGAGGUUUAAAAGCAGCAGAGGAACGAUUUCACUUUGUGAGCUCUCGGGUACGGAAUAAGCUUCUGCAGAGGAUUAAGACAUUACAGCAUCUCCUCAUAGAAUUCAGACAACAGUCCAGAGACAGCCUGCUGCUCCAGGAGUUGAGUGGUGUGACUUUUCAUAUUUCACAGCGAGCUGAGGCUCUGCUGGGGCAAAGAGGCGUAGGUCUUUUGACCCUGUGGAAGGGCAGCGCCCUUCGUCACCUCUUGGCCGACCGCCUGCCUCACUUCCUCAGUCAGCUGCAGCACGCCUCGCUGCUUGCACAGCAGGAACUCAGACGGCCCCUGGCCACGAUGGCAGGUGUGUACCAGGAUGUGAAGGGCCAGAGGCUGGAGGCGUUGUGGAGGGAGGCUGUUUUCUUGUGGACCGACGGACUGGUUGAGGUUCUCCCUGCGCUGCUGGAGAACCCUCGGCUGAGGUCACUCUCACAGGCCGGCGUCACCACACUCCGCGUCUCCCUGGAUGUGGCGGGCCAACAAACCUACCACUGGAUUGAAACCAGGCUGGCCAUGGCUCUGUCUGGACUCAGGAAACGACUUUCCUCUGUCUACAAAUUCUCCCCCAGUGAAUGCUCGGCGACUGUGUCGCUGCCGCUGCCAUCGCUCCCCUGGUCGAGGAUGGCCGGAGCCAGUCUGAUAGAGGUCCUUCUGGAGGAAUGGCUCCUGAGGCCUCUGCAGACCCUCGCCUCCGUCAGGCCUACUGCUGAACUUUAUAGACUCAAGAGGAGGAUCAUGGACAGCCCCUUCAUACACCAAGCUCUAGUUGUGGCAGAUCAGUUUGUAGUGACGUUCGACGGUCACUUGUACGAGCUGCCGGGUUCGUGCCCGCUCCUCCUCGCCCAGGAUGUCAGUGCUGAUCCCUCGUUCGCUCUGCUGCUCGGCACAGAUCCACACAGCUUCCUCCUCAUCCAGAUGAAUAACAGCACUGUCCACAUUCAGCGCAAUGGGCAGGUGAAGGCCGACUGCAAGGCUGUCGCACACACAUUUCACGGCCGCAACGGACUGACCGUCAGGACAGGUUCGAACGCUGUGCAGGUGUCCAAUCAGAAUGGAGGCUCGGUGUCUUGUGAUCUGUCGCUCGAGCUGUGCAGCUUCACUCUGGAUGGAUGGCUGCACGGUGCAUCCACUGGUCUGCUGGGAACCAACGACUAUGAGGCAGGGAACGAUUUCCCGCUCCGUGAUGGAUCUCAAGCAAACAACGUGGAAGAAUUCUUCUACAGCUGGCAGAUGAAACCAAAGUGUAUUAAAGCUACGGCGGAGCACUUCUCUAAAGCAGCCGCAAGCCCAGUGAGCUGUGGCUUUCUCUUCUCUUCUCCCGAUUCCCCGCUGAGUGCCUGUUUCAGGGUGGUGGAUCCCGGUCAGUUCUUAAUGGUGUGUGAGUCGAGUUCCUCCAGAGCACCCUGCAGAUUAGCAUCUGCUUUUGUUCAUCUCUGCCAGCAGAACUACAUACCACUGGCGGUCCCUGUCCAGUGCAAGAGAGCUUGAAGGAAGGACGAGCUAACGAAGAGCCAAGAUAAGCAAUUUAUGACCUCUGAUAGCUGCUAAACUGGACACAUUCAAACUCACACACCACUGGCUGUGCCACAUUACUUAGCUUUUAUACAUCAUUGUAUAGUUAAUAUUUGUUAUACCUCCUGUAAUUUACACUUUUGUCCUGUUUGGCCGUGUAGGGAUUAUCCCGAUGAUGCGAGUGUGAACACACUAACUAUAGCUAGUAGCUUUUUCUGUGGUCUGUAGUACAAACACUGAAGAUGCUAAAAAACGGACUUUAGUGCAACCACAGCAGCUAAUCCUCACAAACAUACAAAUAUUUUUAUACCGUCUGAUGAAGUGCAUUUAAUACAUUCUUGUCAACUAUG